CCGCCGCUGAUAGCAAAACACAAACAGUAAUGGCUGCUGCGGUGGGUAACCCGAGCCUGCGGUAAAGGCCCCCGGACAGAGGCGGUGCGGAGAGGCACUGGAACCGCCGAUGGAUGCAAUGGACCCCCAAGAUCGGAAAGACUUGGACAAGUUUAUCCGGUUCUUUGCUCUGAAGUGUGUUCAAGUGAUUGUGCAAUCUCGACUAGGAUAUAAGAUCUGUACUCCUUCUGACUCCUCGCCAAUCAUUUCUGACUGGUUCUACUUGGCGAUAAAAGACAUCCCAGAGGUUACCCAUGAAGCCAAGAAAGCUCUGUGUGGGCAGCUGCCCACCGUGGGACGCUCUAUGUGUGUGGAGAUCUCUCUAAAGACUUCAGAGGGGGAUUCAAUGGAGCUGGAAGUUUGGUGCCUGGGAAUGAAUGAAAAGUGUGAGUCGGAUGUCAAGGUAUCAUACACUGUGUAUAACAGACUGUCAUUCCUGCUGAAGUCGUUAGUUGCUGUUACCAGAGUGACUCCCGCUUACAGACUCUCCAGAAAACAGGGUCACGAAUAUGUUAUUCUGUACAGGAUUUAUUUUGGGGACGUUCAACUCCUUGGACUUAAAGAAGGAUUCCAGACCAUACGCGUUGGUAGUGUGGGAACUCCUGGUGGCACGGUCACACUGACCUGCGCCUACAGAACCAACCUAGCGUUUAUUUCAACCAGACAGUUUGAGAGGACCCAACCCAUCAUGGGGAUUAUAAUUGAUCACUUUGUUGACCGACCAUUCCCCAGCACCUCACACAUGCAUCCCUGCAACUACAGGGCACCUGACGACCAAGGGAACGCUUAUCCUGCAGGGGACGAAUCGCAAGACGUUGCCACAUCUUUCUCGACUUCCCCACCCUCUCAGUAUGUGUUCACUGUCAGUAAGGCACAGGGUCAAACCGCUAUUCCUGUGGUGACCGACUCUCCCAGGGUCCUGACAAUGGGACUGGCCUUAUCACACCAACUGUGCAGCUCUCGUCUGUCCUACCAGCCAGCUGGAGCAGGAUCUUCGGAACUGGGUUACCCAGUAGGCUUAGCUGCUGGAGUGAGUGCCACCCAUACCCAGCAGAUGAUGAAUACAGUAAAAGAAGGUGGAUUGCCCAACACGAACACUCAGCCGGCUCAGGGAGACCAUGAUAGACCAGUUCCCACACCUCCCUCUAAUGCAAUGAGUGGCACAUCCAGCAGUGAUGAAUUAGAAUUACCUGCAGGCAAAGGUGCACCUGGCAAAAACACCUCCCCUAAUAAACAUGCGCGCAUCCUAUUCUCCAGGAAAGUUGGAGCAUUUGUGGACAAACCCUCUCCUCAGAUCACCUAUGAAAGCUUGGAUAUACCUUUUGCCGCCUUUGCUCCCAGAAGUGAAUAUGAUUCGGACAAUGAUCCCAUGGUAGUUUGUCCAGAGACCCCAGAAGAGGAUUCUCCUAAAACUAGGAGUUUGCAGAGUUCCACCGCUAGCAGUGAAGCUGCUCAAGAUGAUUUUGUGAUUGUCGAUUGGAGACCGGCCUUCACCAAAGAUGAUAUUGGAAUGGACGUUGGCACUUUCUUCCGGGAAUUUCAGAACCCACCACAGCUCAGUAGCUUGUCUGUAGAUGGCGGUGCACGGUCAAUGGCAGAAGAUCUGCAGUCCAUACCAGAGAAAUUAGCCGUGCAUGAAAAAAACAUGAAGGAGUUUGAUGCGUUUGUUGACUCUUUGCAGUAAGACAAGAGACCCUCAGCCAGGAAUUGUUUUUGUCACGUCCACAAGUAACUUUAUUUGCCCCUUUCGAUCCACACACUCAGGUCCACUUUCUCUGCCCCUGCUUUCCUGUCUUUAAGGGGCCAUUGCCCUGUUUCUGAAAGACACUCAUGUUUGAUACCUACUAACAUUCUAUACGAUGUUACACUGAACAUUAAGUACAAAUAGAUGAAUGCAGAUUUUGGAUAACCACCUCCAAAGACUCUAUCAACUCAAACUGUUGAAACUGAUCAGUGUUAGCUCACACGAAUUCCAGACUAGUGGAGGCCUGAGAAAAGCCAUGUAUUUAACACUACAAUGGGGACAUUUUGCCAUCUUCAGAAAAACAAGCACACUCAAUUUGUGUAUUGCCUGUUUCAUCAGCUACCAGCUGUCUUAAAACACUGUGCAUUUUCCAUAGAGGUCUUUAAAGAAGACAGUCACAGUGUUCACCCAAAGUCUCCGAGGCUAGACAAUUUGCAGGUGAGCAUGGCUCCUGAAAUGUUUCUGCUGGCCCUUAACAUUUUUGGAGCACUGGGAUAUAAAAUGGACUUCUAUGGCAUUGCUGGCUCCUGAGACUGUCUAACCCUUACAUUAUUUACACUGUUUGUUCAGCCCUGACUGUUUCGCUAAACCACAAAAUGAGUGACUGCGCACCUUACAUCUCCGACCGCCCUAAUGCUCUUGCUACUUCAAGCUUCAUUUGGGAAAUAGCAGCCCACUGCUUCCUGUAUUUUCUCUUCUACGUUCCCAUCUCAGGUAACCCCAAGCAAUGUCUUUUUACGUAAUUCUCUAUCCAAUGCGCAGUUUCCUGGACAGUGAUCAUUGUAUUCUGCUUGCCUGGAUACUUCAGGGUAUUGUAGACACCCAGGCAGGAGGGUUAGUACUGAUCUUCUGCCUCAACUACAGAUGUCUUUUCGGCCAAUGCCAUUCACCAACACCUGCUUUAUUGACCGGACACCUAGCAUCCUCCAAAUGCUGGCUAAUGGAUAAUAAAGUCUUUCUAAUGAAUUUCAUUUGUAAAAUACAACACUAAAGGUUAAGACUUUCUCCUUAACCUCCUCAACUACUCUGUCAGACUGUUCACAUUUAGAGCUAGGCUUCUUUUGCCUUUCCAUCUGUUAAAUUAUAACUGCCAUGAUCCACCAGGCUUGCUGCAGGCCUCGGAAGUAAUAGGUGAACAUCAUUGGGACCUGUUAAUAUAACAGCUUGCUAGCCCCAGGUUGCCUAGCUCUCGGAUAUAUAUUAGGAGGAUGUCUCUAUAUUAUUGUUAGGGUAAGCCUGCACGGCUAGUGUUAGUUUACUUUCUGGGUUUAUGAUUUAAAUCACACAUAAUAUGUUGUCAAUUUUUAGCAAGAAUCAGUGGAGGGUUUAACGCUGCUACCUUCCCUGUGUGUUACCAUUUGCACUUGGAAGGAGAAUACAGUCACUGUUAAUCUAAGAGAUGUAUGUCAGAUGUAUUAUAAAAUUAAAUCUAUGUAUUUCCAAGAUG